UAAUUUAUAACGCAGCACGGUAGCAGACUAGCAGUAGUAUUUGUGAUAUAUGUGAGUUGUGAAUUGCAAAUUAAUUGAGCAAAAUGCAUCAUCACUGGGUUCAAGCUUCUCCUUCCGAUUUCGGUGGCACCCUUCCGCAAGCUCGAAGUGGGCACACUGCUGUGAAUGUCGGAAAAUCCAAGGUCGUUGUGUUUGGGGGCCUCGUCGAUAAGAGAUUCCUCUCCGACACCACUGUUUAUGAUAUUGAGAACAGAUUAUGGUAUCGGCCUGACUGUAGUGGCAGUGGUUUAGAUGGGCAAGUAGGGCCUAGUCCACGUGCUUUCCACAUUUCCAUAGCAAUUGAUUGCCAUAUGUUCAUUUUUGGUGGGCGAUCCAGCGGUAAGAGGCUGGGAGACUUUUGGGUUCUUGAUACUGAUAUUUGGCAAUGGUCAGAGCUUACUAGUUUUGGUGACUUGCCUUCUCCACGAGACUUUGCUGCCGCCUCAGCUAUCGGAAACAGGAAAAUUGUAAUGUAUGGUGGAUGGGAUGGUAAGAAGUGGUUGUCAGAUGUCUUCGUCUUGGACACAAUUUCACUUGAGUGGACGGAGUUGUCGGUUUCUGGAGCCCUUCCACCUCCAAGAUGCGGCCAUACAGCUACUAUGGUUGAGAAACGUUUACUUGUCUUUGGUGGUAGAGGGGGUGGAGGGCCAAUUAUGGGCGAUUUGUGGGCUUUGAAGGGGCUUAUAGAAGAAGAGAAUGAAACUCCUGGAUGGACACAACUAAAGCUUCCAGGUCAAGCUCCUUCACCCCGUUGUGGCCACACUGUUACAUCUGGAGGGCACUAUCUUUUACUAUUUGGAGGCCAUGGAACUGGUGGUUGGUUAAGUCGUUAUGAUAUUUACCACAAUGACUGUGUUGUUCUAGAUAGAGUGUCCGUGCAGUGGAAACGCCUCUCUACUAAUAAUGAACCUCCUGUUGCUCGAGCAUACCAUUCUUUGACUUGUAUCGGUUCACGGUAUCUUUUGUUUGGCGGCUUUGAUGGAAAAGCAACAUACGGGGAUUUAUGGUGGUUAGUUCCAGAAGAGGACCCUAUUGCAAAGAGAUUGUCUGCAUCCCCUCGGAAUAUCAGUGAGAGGAAGGAUGUACAUAUUGCAUAUGACCAACCUCCAGUUCAGGAAAGUCAGAUAGAUGCAUCUAGAAUUUCAGAACUUCAAAAAAGAUUUCAGAUUGAUGUUUCAUUUUCUACUACUAAAAUUUAUGUCAUCGAAGAAUCAGAAGACACGGAGUUGCUCGAAGUAGCAUCACAAGUAAUUGGUAGUGCUUCAACUACAGAACAGGCCGCUCAGGCACUACGUGAACAUUGGAGGAAGUCUACAGCAACGUCAAUAACAUUGAAGGAGAUCAGUCCAUUACUCCGUGACUACCAACGCCUUAUAACUCGCCGUUAUGUACUGAAGGAUGGAUUCAACUUACAGUCGGGGAGUGAGACACAUCGAUUCUAUCAUAUGAAAAAUAUCUCCCAGCUCCGGAUGGACGAUAUCGCCAAUCUGCUUGCAGAGUAUAAACAGAUCGGAUGAGAUUGAUUUAUAGCCAGGACUUGUGUACGAAGAUAACGAAAAUAUUCAGAAGCUACAUGAUUAAUCUAUAUCCUUUCUUAGUUGUAUGUAAUGAUAGUAAGCUUUACCCCUGACAAUUUGUAUCCUCUAGAAACUGCCUAUGAAGUUGUAUACAUGCUACUAUAAUAACAGAUACUAUGACAUGAUACUUGCUGUAUAUGUUCCUGAAGGCUUGCUUACACAGGUGCCCGUUGGUGUUAAGACUGUACAAUUCUGUAAUAUCAGUUAAGGCAAUGUUUAUUGCAAUCCUAGUAGGUCCUCACUCUUUA